GCUCCUCUCUCUCUCCCAACGCUCAUUAAACACACACAUCUCUCUCUCCCCCAGUGACCUCUUCUCUUUCUCAGACGCUCAAUACACAUCUCUCUCUCUCUACAAGAUCUAUUUGUUCUUGAAAAAUCAAAAUACAAGUAAUCCCAACCCAACAAAAAUCCAUGAAGAGAAGUGAAGUUAUAGUCGACGGAAGCUUCAUCUACGAGAAGGAAACCCAGCUCACUGUCCGUAAAACGUGUCUGUUCUUCCCCGGCGAUGGCUUCACCGUCUAUGAUUGCUCCGGCCACCUCGUUUUCCGUGUCGACACUUACGCCACCGACGCUAGCCACCGAUCUGAACUCGUCCUCAUGGACCCCUCUGGCCGCUGCCUCCUCACCGUCCGCCGCAAGAGACCGAGUUUGCAUCAACGAUGGGAGGGGUUUCUCGGCGAGAGAAUGGAGGGCCAAAAGCCAAUUUUCAGCGUGCGACGAUCUUCAAUAAUCGGGCGAUCAAGCGUGACGGUCGAAAUGUACAACAAUCCAGGCGAAGAGUACCAAAUCGAAGGCUCAUACGCACAGCGAAGCUGCGCAAUAUACGACAUGGAUAAAAAAACAGUGGCCGAAAUUAAACGUAAAGUGGAUUGCACCACAAAUGUGGUGCUUGGAAAAGACGUAUUCGCACUGUUUCUCAAGCCUGGAUUCGAUGGUGCCUUCGCUAUGGGGCUAGUUCUUGUGCUUGAUCAAAUUAACGGUGACGAUCAUUCGGAUGAUGAUAGUGGGCCUGACUUGGACACCGCAAGUGAGGAUUCGCACAAGUCGUCUUGAUUUUUUGUGGUGUAAAUAUUGAGAUUAUUCAAGUAUUUUCGAAUUUCGAUUAUGUAUUUUCAUGUAUUUGUGGGGUAGCUUUGGACUUGGGUCUUUUUUGCGGUUCGUUUGAGUUAUGGACAAAUGUUUGAUACUGCGAUAAAUUUUAGAUGGA